GAAGUAACUCUUCUACACACUCCAAUAAGCAGCAGAAGGGAAAACAAAGUACAUACAUUGCCUAUUGUGACGCAAAGUUUAGAUUUACUUUUUAUUCUUUAAGUUUCUUUCCUUUUUCUCUCUCCAACACCAUCAACGUUCAAGCCUGACCUUUCCCGAUAAACUUCUCUUGUCACCUAACCGACCUCAAACGCUGCUACAAUGAUGCCAAUGAACACCUCAAAGCUCAACGCAGCAGGUUUAACACCUGAUCAUUCACUCGUCCUACCCGAAAGAGAAACAAAUGUGGACGAAGUAGCAAUCUUGGAAGCAUUGACAGAAUUAUAUUGUGGAAAAAUUCAAUCAAACACUCUAAGUGUAUUUUCACCACAUGUUGUUUUCACAAUGCCAAAUGGAGAUGUGGUUGUUGGACCAAAUGCGAUCGAAAAGAAGUUUAACAGUAACAACAACCAGAUCAAGGUUCAACAAAGACUGUUACGUACUCCUGAAUCAUUGCCUGCCCGUACGAUGUGCAUCGAUCAAUUGAUCAACGUUACAGAACAAGAAGGAAACCCAGCAAACAGUAUUCGCAAUUUAAUCGUGAUCAAACGAAGAGCAACAGACGGUUUAAUCACAAGCAUUACCGAAGAAGAAGGUCAUCGAAGAGCAACUGCUCCUUUAGCAGCCCGUGCGGCAUCGGGAAAUAACUUUUAUUCACCAACGGAUAAUAUGCUUUCUCCUUGUACGUCAAAACUUAAUUUGGCAAAAAAGAAACAUCAUUUUAAAGGUAAACCAACAACUUUGUUCGCUUCUACUUUGGCAAACAGUAGUCCAAAAGUAUCAUCAAAAGAAAAUCAAGCUUUAGCCGAUUCUUCUUUUUGAGAAGCUUGUUCGCUUUUGGUUUCCUUUUUCGUGCCUCUUUUCUCUUAUUGCAUCUUUGUAUAUCAUCUUUCAUUUUCUCUCCCCAUCAUUCAAUACAGCUUCAGGCAGAUAA